UUUGAUUACUUGUACGUGUUUCGUUGGAAACAUCAGGAGUCAAACUCAAAUUAUAUUUUUCUUUAAAUUUCAAAUAAAUUUGACUCACUAAAAUGGGUAUCGGAGAAGUAAACAUCAAUAAACGUGUUAAUGCGUUAAAGUUAAAAUCUGCGGCAAAAUACAAUAUUGCUCCGGAAAAGUGCCACAUUGGACAUCUUGUGUUACAAGGCAUGUUGGAACAACCUGACAUGUUGAAUCAGAUCGAUGCAGCAACGGGAACAAGUGAAAGGAAUCUAUCUGUGGCAACUCGAAGCAUGCGAUUAGCUAGUGCAAUGAAUAAUUAUGGGCUAAAACCUGGUGACGCGGUAGUCGUAAUGGGCCCUAACCACCUGGACAUAGCGAUUCCUUACUACGCUUGUCACUUUAAUGGAUUCUCAAUGUGCGGAAUGGAUCCAAACACCGCAUUAAUCGAUCUCAAGGCGCUUUUCCCGUACAUUCAUCCAAAAAUGGUGUUCUGCCAGUCUAGUAACGUGAAUAAUGUUAAAGAAGCGUUCUCGAUAAGUAAUCAGGAAGGGAAAAUUGUAAUUUUCGACGACGAGGACAAUAACUUGGAAAAUUUCAUAAAGACGUACAACGGCACUGAAAUUGGCUUCCGGCCUAACGAAUUCAAUCACUCCAAAAUAGCUGCGUGGUUGAUGCUGACAAGUGGGACUACGGGUCUUCCUAAAGUAGCAGUCAUACCUUUCGAUACUCUCCUAAAUGGAAUAUGUCGCUGGUGGACACCUUUUACCGAACCUUUAGGACUAACAAUGACAAUGUCUACAUUCCAAUGGUUGUCAUCUCUGUUAAUAUUUAUCUCUGGACCUUUAAGGAUGUAUACGAGACUACAAAUGUCUCUUCCAUUGACACCACAACUUCUCAUCGUCACUAUAAAUAAAUACAAGCCACAUGUGACUGCUUGGACACCAUAUUUAUUGGGCCAAUUUUUACAUGCCACCGAGAAAAUUUGUGACUUAACAUGCUUCAAAUACAUUCUUAUAUCGGGCAGUGCUGUUGAAAAGCCUUUGCUGGAUUUAAUGAAAACGAGAACUAAUGCGUUCCUCUAUUUGGUUUACGGAAUGACAGAACUUCUUGUACCAGGUUUUGAUUACACAGAUAGUACCCCAUUUGGCUCCGUUGGAAAACCUUACGAAUACAAUCAGUACAGGCUUAUUGACGAUGACGGUUUUGAUAUAGAAAAACCAUUCAAAAGUGGUGAACUCUGGAUAAAAGGCGAUACUUUCUUUAAGGGAUAUUUGAACAACGUUACAGAAACUAGAAAAAUGUUGACAGACGAUGGCUGGUUGAAAACUGGUGACAUAUUCUACAAAGACAAUGAUAAUAAUUACUACUUUGUUGAAAGGAAGCGACUAUUAAUUAAGAGCGCUGGUCAUUUUAUAUCUCCGUUGCAACUAGAGGGUAUCAUCAAAAAACAUCCUGCUGUCGCUGAUGUAUGCGUAGUUGGUAUACCUGAUGAUCUGUUGACGGAGGUACCAGUAGCUGCUAUUGUAAAGAAAAAUGGUCAGCAAUUUGAGCCAUCAGAGAUCUUUAAUUUAAUAAAAGAAGAAUUACCGGAUAACCGCCAACUACACGGUGGUUUCUUCUACGCGCCUGGGAUACCAAUAACAGCUUCCGGAAAAAUGCACAGAGUCAAAGUAAAGGAAAUGGCUCUUGCUGCUCAAAGGAUUUUGAAUAAAUGAUUUGAAUGAAACUCUAAAUAUAUUAGGUUUACGAUUAAUUUUAAAUCAGCAUUAAAGCAUAAAAUGCCAUUUUUGAUAACUCAAAUACAUUUGACAUAAUUAAUAAACAUCAUAUUAUACUAAUACCUUUACUAUGUGAGUAGGUACUUAUUUGAUGUACUUAGAUAUUUUAUUUGUUACAUGUAUCAUCUGUUUUCAAAAACUAGUCGUAUUAUAUUUUAGAUGCCUAAUUAUCAACCGACUUCAAAAAGGAAAAUGUUCUCAAUUCGACUGGUAUAUAUUUGUGUGCACGUUACGCGAUAUCUUCGCCAAUUUUGAACCGAUGUUGAUGAUUUUUUUAAUUGAACAUUUAAACUAACUUGGUUAAAAUUGAAGUUGUUUUUAUGUGUAAACGAUAGUGUCUGAUCAAUAUCUGCAUUUAUUUUAAUAAAUACAGAUAUACAGGAUUAUAUGCAUUUCAAUUCUUCAAAUCUGAACCAUUUAAAAUUUAAACUUAAAUAAAAAAUGGUUAUUGGUGAUGGUAACAUGCGUUGAAUAUUCUGUGAUAGAAAAAAAAUAUAAGUAUAUAUAUUUACUUAUUUUUAUUAUAUAUAGUGGAAUAAAAAUAGUAUUACUUACUUUUCUGACAUGUAUCAACAUGUAUUUAUUGUAAAAAUAAAUCACUAAUUUUGUCGAAUGUAAAAUAUUUGCGUAAGUACAUAAUAUUUAUUAUUAAUAUAAUUUAUCCAUAUUCAGUAAUAGAUAAU